AUGGUAGUAAAAAACACUCUAGUUGUGAUGGCGGUGUUAGAUGGGUGGAGUGGAUUUGGUAGUGUUGGUGGCCAUGAAUGUAGCAGUGGUGGCAGUGGCGGCAGAGAUAGUAGUGGUGGUGAUCGUGAAUGUGGCGGCGGUGGUGGUGGUGGCGGUGGUGGUGGCAGUGGAGGAGGUAGUGGUGGCGACAUAUAUGAUGGUGGUGGUGACGAUAGGGGUUGUGGCGGUGGUAGUGAUCGCGGAGGUGGUGUUCGUGGUUAUGGCGGUGGCAACCGCAAAGAUGACGAUGGUGACAUAGGUGUUGGUGGUUAUGGCGGGGUGGUAUGGGUGGUGGUGAUUACGGAGGUGGUGUUGGUGGUUGUGGUAGUGGUGGUCGCAGAGGUGGCGAUGACAACAUAG